ACGUCACAGGAACACAGCUCUUUCACGAACCAUCACGACCAGCCAGCAUGCAAUCAAACCAGAUCUCAAAGGCGGACGCUCUCAAGAGAUGGGAGGAGUACGUCGACAAAAUACACUAUUCAGAGCGCUAUUGCGACGAUAAAUUUGAAUAUCGCCAUGUUAUUCUACCGAAACCACUCCUCAAGCUCAUCCCCAAGCAGUUCUUCAACCCCGAUGAUUCGGGAACUCUACGGUUGCUAUCCGAGAAAGAGUGGCGGGGUAUAGGCAUCACGCAGAGUCUCGGAUGGGUUCACUACGAAGUACACACACCUGAACCGCACGUUCUUCUGUUCCGCCGUGAACUUAACUACAAACCGCCACAGAUGGGUGCAGAUGGUAAACCAAUACAGCAGCGCAAAUAAAGCUCCUACACGGGAAUAAUCCAGUGCAACUUUACUCUAUGUUUCCGCCUGAUCUGGGAGUUACCCUAUUCUCCCAUCGCUCUGCACUACACGACGUCCUUGCUGUCUCUUGCUGUGUCAACUCAUCGCCACCAUCGUCCUAUACACCAUCCCUCAUACCAGUUUCCUUCCUGCAUCCUUUCCGUUCAUUACUUUUUGACUUGCGUUACAGGAAUUCUUUUUGUUGUGUUAACAAUAUUAACGGCGCCUUUCUGGUACCGACUUUCUGAAUCAACUCUUCGGUUGUUCCUUAAUCCAUAGACCUAUAUCUCAUAACGGCACAAAUCGAACAAGGAAAAAAUGGAGUCAUGACCAUGAGUUCGAAACGAUGGAAUUAUUCUGGCUCCGAUCUCGUCCGUUGGAACUGGAGUCAUCGCCUGUGACCGAUAAAUAGAGGUAAUCAACUCGCCGUUGUUCUCACGUCGUUUCAACGCUAUGAUGUUCGAGGGUAUUAGUAUCGUUUAUGUACCACGUAAUACAAGUAGAAGUGGAGUUUCUCCCGAGAGAGUCGGUGACUCGGUGAGUUACAAAAG